CCGCGUCCCACAAGCAGGCUUGGUUGUAAGUGCAGCGCGAGGCUGUCAUUGUUUCCACGAAACGUUCUGGAAGCCGUACAACUAAAACUUGCCGGCAGUCUGGCUUAAAAACAAAACACACACGAGAAAGAAGGGGGGGGGGGGGAAAGGCCUGCCACUACGAAAGGUCAGAAAUGUUCGCUCCCUCUCGAAGUGAACUUUUGAGCCCCUGGCGGGGGGCGGGGGUACCCCGAAUGUUCCGUCGUGGGCCCCCGUGGGCUUUUCUGUUGUGAUUUAUGCGAAGUGGCUCGAAACAGAAGUUAGUCGCCGGGGAAGCCGCGGGGGAGGGGGCGCCGCGCGCAGGCGCAGGAGCGCGCGGAGUUUCCGCGGCCCCGCAUUCUUCCAGGCGGCCCCGCGGGGACAGUUAGAACAAUACGGGCCGAACGCCGCCCCCCGCCCUGCUCCGGCCCGGCCCGCCCCGGGGUGCUGUGCUCGGGCUGCCGGCCCGGGGGCCUUGGAAACCCGCCUCACCUCGUGCUGCACGCGUCCGAGUCGGGGCUUUCGUAGCGGUUGGGAGUCGGCGCCCAGCGACCCCCCUCCAGGGACAGUGACAACUCGGCGCGGACAAGUUUGGCCACGUAACGGCGCGGGGAGCACGCGGGUGGCCGCCCCGGAAGGCCAUGUCUACUCGGGGAGGACUGACAGGUGUUGUCGCCUCCGGCAGUGAGACCGAGGAUGAUGACAGCAUGGACAUCCCCCUGGACCUUUCCUCUUCUGCUGGCUCAGGCAAGAGACGGAGAAGGGGCAACCUGCCCAAGGAAUCUGUGCAGAUUCUCCGAGAUUGGCUGUAUGAGCACCGAUACAAUGCCUAUCCCUCAGAGCAAGAAAAAGCAUUGCUGUCCCAGCAAACACAUCUAUCUACACUACAGGUCUGUAACUGGUUCAUCAACGCCCGCCGAAGGCUCCUCCCUGACAUGCUGAGAAAGGAUGGCAAAGAUCCAAAUCAGUUCACAAUUUCACGCCGUGGGGCCAAGAUAUCUGAAGUGAGCUCUGUGGAGUCAGCAAUGGGCAUCAAAAACUUCAUGCCAGCUCUAGAGGAGAGCCCAUUUCAUUCCUGUCCUGCUGGACCAAACCCAGCCCUAGGGAGGCCACUGUCCCCUAAGCCCUCGUCUCCGGGAUCAGUUCUGGCUCGUCCGUCAGUGAUCUGUCAUACCACUGUGACUGCAUUGAAAGAUGUGCCUUUCUCUCUCUGUCAGCCAGUUGGUGUGGGACAAAACACAGAUAUACAGCAGAUAGCAGCCAGCAACUUUACAGACACCUCCCUCAUGUACCCAGAGGACACGUGUAAGUCUGGACCAAGCACAAAUACACAAAGUGGUCUUUUCAACACUCCUCCUCCUACUCCACCGGACCUCAACCAAGAUUUUAGUGGAUUUCAGCUUCUAGUGGAUGUUGCACUCAAACGGGCUGCAGAAAUGGAGCUUCAGGCAAAACUUACAGCUUAACUAUUUUCAAGCAAAACAGUUCUAACAAAUGUUAUGAUUGCCAGGGUGAUGGCAAGAGAUAAAUUGCAUUAUUUUAUAUAUUUUUUUAUUAAUAUUUGCACAUGGGAUUGUUAAAAUGAAGCUUCCUGUUACUGAGAUGUCUUCAAUGGAAUACAGUCAUUCCAACUAUAAACUCAAAGCUACUGUAGAAACAAAGGUUUUUUUUUUUUUUUAAUGUUUCUUGGUAGAUUAUUCAUAAUGUGAUAUGGUUCCCAAGAUUAUGUGAUUUCCCCCCCUGCCCCCCCCUCUUUUUUUUUUUUUGUUGGUGUUUUUUCAGACUGUGCAAUACUUAGAGAACCUAUAGCAUCUUCUCAUUCCCAUGUGGAACAGGAUGUCCACAUACUGUCUAAUAAAUUUUCAAUUUUUUUUCAAACAAGUAUGAAUCUAGUUGAUUGAUGCCUUUUUUCAUGACACAAUAAAGUAUUUUGUUUAAAAUUUACUGUAA